UAUAUAUAGAGAAGCAUGGAAUAAUCAAUCAAAGAUUCAACUAUUGCUAUGAAUAAGGCUAGAGUUAUUGGCAAUUAUAUUUGCAACAAUAAAAAUUAACUAGGAGUAGGGUUGAUGUGCACCGUACUUAAAUUCCUUAAUCUAGGUCUACGAAGCAAAACAUCUCGAAACUAAUAAUUAUGUUGCAUUAAAAUAGAUAUCAAAGAAGGCAAUUAAAGAAAAAAAGUUGACUGCAGAAAGAUUAAAAGAAUCCUAUGAUUUAGAGAUUAAAAUAUUAUAGAAGUGUAAGAAAAGCAAUAAUAAGAAUGUCAUAUCUCUCUUGGAUCACUUUGAAACCUCAGAGCACUACAAUAUAGUUUUAGAACUAUGUGAUUGUAAAUAGAAUAACUUAUUUUAUAAGAAAAUCUUAAAGAGUAUAUAGAAUAAAAGGAGAACAAAAGGUUAACAGAAGAAGAAGCUGUUGAUAUACUAAUAUAAAUAGUUGAAGGAUAGAAAUGGUAUUUAUUUAAAUUAAUUUUAUAGUCUCCAUGAAAUAAACUAUUGUCAUAGAGACAUAAAGCCAGAAAAUAUAUUAGUUAAAGGGGGAGUGAUCAAAAUAACAGAUGUUAAUUUGGCAAAAUAUAUAGAAAACAUGUUAACUAAAACAUGUUCAUUUGUAGGCACUUAAUUUUAUAUAGCACCAGAAGUUGAUAAAAAAUAAUACUAUUCACCUUACAAAGCGGAUAUUUAUUCAUUAGGCGUUGUCUUCUAUGAGAUGUUAUAUGGCUUAUUAUCGAAAUAAGAAAAGAAUGUUAAUUUUAAAGAGAAAAUUGAAAGGAGCACUCUAUAAAUUAGUGAUAUCUUAAAACAAUUAAUUCUUAAAAUGAUUCAAGAAGACCCUAAUGAUAGGGCAGAUUGGUCAUGGGUCUCUUCCUGUAUCUACUAAUACUUAAUCAAUAAAUCAACUAAUUCUCAUUCAAUUUAAGUGAUUUCGUCAUUCUAUUUUAAUGCUUGGCAAGAAAAGUAUCAAUUUUUGAAGCAAAUAAUAGAAGACUUGUGUUUAUUGCAAAUUAAGAAUGAAAAUAUAUUCUUGUAUCAAAGUGGACUUUUGAUUAUCAAACUCAUAAUUUAGCUUGUAGAAGAAAAAGUAGUAGAAUUAUAAAAUGCAACUAAAAUAAGUGAUGCUGAAUUUUAUAAAAGUGAAUUGAAAUUGCUGUCAAUAUAUAGAUAUGAGUAUUUGCGAGUAGUUUAGUACAACUUUUUUUUAUUUUGAAUAGGAAUUGGUACUAAUAAUAAAUGGAUGAAAAGAAGAAGUUACUUUGUAAUUCUGAACAUUUGAAAGAUGAAUUUAAAUACAUAGAGAGAUCUAAAUAGUUUGAUAGACAUUUUUAGCGUUAUUUAGUUGAGUUUUGCAAUUAGUUGAAUGACUUAGAAUACAAAGAAGAUAGAUUGAAGCUCUAAAAGAAAUUAUUACAACUAAAAUUAAUUGUUGCUUGUGAUCAAAAAAAUGAUUUUGUAAGAGACAUAUUCUAAUUUUAGGAAUUAGUACAGACACUUUUAAGUAGUAGGUUGUAAUCAUAAGGAAAUUAUAUUUUAAGUUUCGUCUAACAUUUAUAGGAUCUGAGGAUAGUUGAAGAGUAUAUGAGAGAAUUAUAACCUGUAAUAGAUUAAAUCCUUAAUGAGGGAUGA